AUGAGCAGCGAGUCACUGACACAGAAAUGGCUUCGGCAGAACGUCGCCCCCUAUCCUCACAAGGAUAGAGUCUAUGUCGACAUCGAUGCCGCGCUCAGCCGCUUCACCACCCUUCGGCCAAAGUCUGACGUCUACACUUACGACGAUGGCCGUUCUCAACUCCUCCUUUGUCUUCAUGGAACUCUUCCCAUCACAUUCCGCGGAACGACAUACAACAUCCCGAUCGCCGUCUGGAUAGCUCGAGAAUAUCCUCGCCGCCCUCCGAUCGCGUAUGUCGUCCCCACGCAAGACAUGCUCGUCAGAUCCAGCAAACACGUCGAUGUUAGUGGCCGAUGCCUCACUGGCUACAUCCAAGAUUGGGAAAGAAAGAGCGAGUCAUGCAACUUGUCUGCCUUGCUCGAGUCCAUGCAGGCAGAGUUUUCUCGUGGCCCCCCAGUUUACGCGAAGCCAAAGCAGACCUCUUCGUUGACACAACAAGUGUCCCCCGCCCCCAGUCCUAUUCAUUCGACGCGACCAGCAGGCGUUGAAUCAGCUUUGGAUUCCAGUCCCUCAAGUAACCGCCCUACACUACCCCCUAAACCGGUGUCCUCAAGUUCGCCGCCUGUGCCUCCGCGGCCCGCCAGCGAGCACUACGACGCCGCCUCUCCAACGGCGAAUUUGCUCUCGCGCCCCCCUCCGCCACCGCCUCCUCUUCCGCCCACGGACACUCAAACCCCUCCGCCGGUGUUUCGCUCACCCGACGGCUAUGCCUACAGCACACGCAUGCAUCAUCAGGCAUCAAGCUAUGCUUGGCCCUCAUACUUGCCUGCGAGCGCUACCCAGUCUCCUGCACCGGCACCAACGGCUUUACCUCAGACCGGCCCGGCUACACGGUCCGCACCCGCACCUCCGCCGGUGCCCCCGCAAUACUCCACAUCUGGGACUGGGUUGGCCCUUCAGCCACCCAAUUUAUUGGAAGAGGAGGAAGUCAUGGGGACUGAGUCUCAAGUCGUGGGACAAAUAGCGGCACCGCCACGACCGCCCAAUCCUGAGUUACUUCACUUGCAUACGCAGGUUCAAGGCAGAAUAAACUCAGAACUGGCGUCACUCUCCCACGCGAUGAUCGUAGAUGCCGAGCGCCUACGGGCGCAGCAAGCGGAUCUACUUGCCGGGGAGCCCGCGAUUCGGGACGAGAUGGCAAGGUUGGAGGCGGUACGUGAUGUUUGUCGCGGAGUUUCAUCACGGCUGCGGGCCGUGGUCGACCGUGGGGAAUCCAACGUAUCCGAACUUCGGAGGAAGGGUGACCCCGAAGUGGACGAACUCGUCUGCUCGACGAGUAUUGUGCACAACCAGCUCAUCAAUCUGGUGGCUGAGGACAAUGCAAUAGAAGACACGAUUUACCACCUCCACCGCGCGUUGAACUCUGGGCGAAUAGAUUUGGAGAGAUUCCUUAGGACUACACGGAUCAUGGCUGAAGAACAGUUCUUGAAGAGGGCGUUGAUAGAGAAGAUUAAAGCGGGCCUUCCAAUGGGAAUGUCGUAUUCCUAAAACAUCGUAGCGCUCAAUCUAGGGUGGUGGCAACCGGAGGCGUGGACAAGAUUCUUUGACGAGGCCGUCUACUAAGGUGCCUCGAUGAAAAAGUUACCAAAUGCGAGUGGUUCUAGAUCAUGACCCGAACUUUGAAGAAGAUGUAAUUUUGGCACCACGGUACCGCUGAAUGCCCGAGGUCCCCUCUUUGAACAGGACGCCACGGCAGGCCACGGGCUGUUCCUGAAUGUGACAUCGGAACCCAGCGGUACCUUUACCCCAAUGAGGCUCCGUCCAGCUCUCCCCGAUUCGUGCAUCCACUAAGGAAGACAGUAGAGCCGGUUGGACAGACUGUGCCCUCAACGACAGCUGUAUUGAUAUCAGGCGACCUACUUAUUGUGUGGACAGACGAUGCC